AUGGCGUCGGAACACACGGUGACCAAGGUUCUGUUGGAAUGGAUCAACAGCUUCUCCUUGGGCAAAACUCUCCGAGCCGCUGAUGAAUUGACCGAUGGAAUCAUCCUGUGGGAGAUCCUCCAGGAUAUUGACCCUCAGUAUUUCCUUGAAGAAAUCCCAGAGCGCAACUCUUCCGACCAUUGGGUGGCCAAGUGGCAGAACCUGAAGCACAUCCACAAACUAUUACUCAACUACAUUCGACACCAAAACGAUGACAUCCUACCCUCCGGUCUUGAUCCGUCGCCCGAUCUCGAAGCUAUCGCCGAAAAAGCCUCUGCUAAGGAAACGAACAAGCUACUGAAGCUUCUCCUGAUCGCGGCCAUCAGCUCCCCCAAUGCCGGAACAUACGUACAAACACUUCAGGAACUAAGCACUUCAACUCAAGAGGGGCUCAGGGAUAUUAUUGAGGAGGCACACAAUGGCCAAUACGAGCCAAUGGACGCUGCCGACGAGCUCAGGGAAGAUCUGGCCAAGCACGAUCGCCCUGUGGACCUGGAGCUGCAGUUCGAAGAACGCGUUGGAAAGGUACUCGCAGAGAACGACCGUCUAACACACGAGAAAAAAGAACUGGAAAAGGCACUGGAGGACUUGCACAAUCGUUUAGCGCGUCUCCAGGAGAACAAUGAUACCCUACAAAACCGGCUCGCCUCCACCGAGGACCGGCUGGUUACAUUGAAAUCUGGAAAGGGUGAUAUCGGCUUCAAUGCAAAGGCAUUGGAAAGCAAGACCCGUCAACAAGACGAUCUAAUUGCCUCCCAGGAAGCGAAGUUGACCGCUGCCCAGGACGAAAUCGACAGUCUUCGGAUGACAGUUGAGUCCUUGCGGGUCAAGAACCAGCGCUAUCAGAAACUGCAGGAUGACUAUGAUGAGCUUCGCACCGAAAAGGAUCAACUCGCGCGCAAGGCAAAUGCGGCCGAGAAAUACCGCCAAAAGCUGCAAGCCAGCCAAGACUUUGAGAAAGAAAACCAGACACUCAAGAACCAAAUCAAAGAUCUUCAGCAACAGUUGAAAGAGUCAGACUCGCAGCAGCGGUGGUCUUCAGAGCGCGAUGUGGAACUAGAAGAAUAUCGCAAGCUUCUGCCACAAGUUGAGCAGGAAUGCAAUGAGAUCCAGAAUCUAAAGAAACAACUCGAGUUCAAUAAUCAUGCGCUAACAGAGCGACUAGAAAGUGCGGACGAACAGCACGAGAGAGAUGAUGCUUUGAUCAGCGAACUACGUGAACGCCUGGGAGAACUGGACGGCUUGCCGGGCAGCUCGUCGCCUGGCUCUGAGACGCCAAAGAUGCAAGGGACUUUGCAGAAGGACUUUGAGGCACUUGGUGUCAAAGAGUCACAACUUAAAUCUGAAAAUGAUGACUUGAAGCGGGAAAUGGAGUCGUUCAAAGCAUCUUCAGCUCCCGCUUCUCAUACUGGAGGCUUCUCUGAAAACUUUGCUGCAUCCGUGCACCUGGCGCGCUCCGGUUCCACCCAAAGCGACGACUAUUGGAAACUGUACGAGAACUAUAUUGGAGCUCUCAAGAAGAUUGCAGAGGUUCAGGACACCUUGGAAACAACCAAAAGGGACCUUUCUGAUACACAAGCUGAACUUGGCUUUGUAAAUAUGGAACAGGUCGAGAUGCUCCAAGGACUCGAAUCGCAUAACUCAGCUGAAUUAACGAAAAUCCGGGAUGACUGGGAAAGCCUUACCCAGAACGUCCAUAACCUAGAAGCCGAAGUUGAUGCCAGCCAGACGUUGGUGCGCGAAGUCUGUGCGGAACGAGAGGAACUGCGCAAGAUGCUCGACAACAAGCAAAGCGAGAUCAGCUCCGAGGACCAGGAAGUGAUGAACGAGAUGCAGAUGCUCCUAGGCGAGUUUGAAACCCACAAUACGGAGGGUGGCGAAGUGCCCCAGAAAUCAAGCUUUGAGCUCUUGAAACAGUGUGCGGGAGUUCUGGAGAAGAACGUCGAACGACUUGCUCAGCGUGCAGAGGUCAGUUCCACAAAUUAUAUGCGCUGUAUCUUCUGGUUUGCUAACUCUGGAUUGGUUCUACAGUAUAUUCAGCAACAAAAUGAGCUGGUCAAAUCACUUCGUGAACGUAUGAAGAACUAUGAGGAAAACCUAGACGAUGGCCUUUCCAAAGAGCGAGAGCUUGAGCUUCAGAAUAUUAUUGACAGCCAGGCCCGAGAACUCGACCUUGUGGGCUCGGCUUGGUAUCACCUUCAGAGCCGGUGGCAGAACAACAAUAUGACGGUAUCACGAUAUCGACAUGGAGCCAGCACGGGAGAUUCCAAGGGCUGGCUAGCAAAGCAAAGAAGUUCUGUUACUGGUUAGUGGAAUGCC